AAAUGCACUCUGAUCAAGUCCAUUCACAACCACCAUGUUUGCAUCAUCCGGCCUAUUUUCCUCAAUUCCUUGUCCAUUCAUGCCCUCAUGCCCACGCAAGGCAUAUUGCAUUUAUUCUCAUAAUCCGCUUCCGCACGAAAUAUACUCAGUCCCAACUUCUUCAACGGUGACAUCACCUUCAACGCCUAUAAAGACUAAUACCAAACGCAAACUGGACGAUGCAGAAAAUGCAAGCAUUUUAAAGAAAGAUAAACCGACAACGACUACCAGCAGCUCUCGAGAAACCCCACCUCAAAAGCAGAGCGGUAUUUCAUCGGCCUCCACCACAUAUCAGACACCUGUAUCUGCUAUGGAAGCAGCAAAAAGACGACGACAAGCAAUGGAGUCUGUCACACCGGCUUCAACCUCCUCCACCUCGGGAAUAACCGCGACAAAUGCGAAAAAUACAAGCAACGCUGCACUUCUUGCUAGACCACAGGCGGCUCUGAAGAAAGCAUCGAUGCCCUCAGUUGCUAAGGCAUCUGGGACAGGGCCAGAGUUAUCAGGGCCACCAGUCCUAAAAAUUGAUCUUCGUGCGCAUAGCAAACCACAGUUUCGGCAGGCGGUGGCAAUGCAGUUUUACAAUGAAUUUUUACGCAUAUAUGGCCCGUUAUCCGAGAAAGGUUCAAACCUUGCUACGGCUCAUGCUAUUGAACAAGAAAAAUUGGUACAUUCUAAAACAAACCAAGGCACCUAUCGCAGUUUAGCUGCCACGACCCUGCAGCGGUUGAAAAAAAGACCAAUUGCUACGAGCCAAACCGAUACUGGGAUUGAUGGGGUUUGGAUUGAUCCAAGUUUGCAGUCAAAAGAAGAUUCAAAACAGAACGAAAUAUGGAAAAGAGCUCCCGAAUACAUCCAUCCUUUGGCGGAUUUAGAGGCUAACGGCUACCCAACAUCAAUUCCUAGAGGUACACCACCACCACUAGAUAUUCUCCAGAUCUGUGAGCGAUGCCAAAAACAAUUUGAGAGGACUGCUUCGCUAACUGCAGAAGACAAAUUGGCAUGCCGUUUUCAUGGCCGACGGCUAAGAACCAAGACUCAGAAUGGCGAUAAAAUCAAGUAUUUUCCUUGCUGUGAUGCACCUCAAGGCAGUACAGGGUGUCAGGAAGGGCCACAUGUAUUCAAGGAAGACGACUUUUUGUGUUUGCAUGGCCGAGUCCCUUUCGUUGAAACACCUUUGAGAAGCAAGUCAAAUCUGCAGCCACAUGCUGUUAUUGCUAUGGAUUGCGAAAUGUGCUAUACCACAGGGGGAUUUGAACUAGUCAGGAUUUCUGUUGUUGAUAAGACAGGAAAGCCCAUUAUGGAUGAGCUGGUGAGGCCAAAGAAUGCUGUCUUAGAUCUUAACUCGCGCUUCAGUGGUAUCAAGUCAUUGGAUAAUGCUAAACUCAGUCUAGAGCAGGCCAGGGACCGCCUUUUCGAGCUCAUCAAUAGAGAAACAAUCAUCAUUGGUCAGAGUCUGGAGAACGACUUCAAAGUCCUUCGUCUAAUACACAAUCGAGUCAUCGAUACAGCAAUACUUUAUCCGCAUCCACAGCGGCUCCAAAACAUCCGAUACUCACUCCAGGUAUUGGCAAAGCAGCACCUUCAAGUACUUAUCCAAGACUCUGAACAGGGACAUGAUUCAUUCGAGGACGCCAAAACUUGUCUUGAUCUUGUUCGCCUAAAACUUCAAAAGGAUGAGAGCAAAUAAAUUGCCAUGUUCGCGCUAAGUUGUCGGCGCUCUCUUGAGUCCAUUGUCUUGGUCUAAUGGACCGAGUUUAAAAUGGCCCUUUCCAACAACUUUUGGUCUCACCGAGUUGCUGUUGUAAGACAAAAAACAAAAACAAAAACAAAACAAAAAAAGACCUAACACUUUACUGCCUCGACCGCAAUGUUACACAGGCAGUCAGCCCAACUGAGUAGGAGUAUAUAUGAUGGAACUCAUUGGCUAAACACUCUAUGAAUAUAAACCGUUUUUGUUUAUUAUACCUCAAAAGCUGAUCUGCCCGCGCCUGGAAGGCGUUCGGCUAUCGACGACCAAAAUCGUAAAUCAGCCCCCUAAAUAAAUAAUGC